CUGUAGUCAAAUAAUAAUGCAGUCUCUCAAUCAAUCACCCACUUUCAAAGUUUCAAGUCUUUGAUUCCCGUUUAGUGUUUACUGCAGACAAACCACGCCAAAAUUCCACCCCGUUUUCCCUGAAAACCACUCCUCUUCCUCAAGUCAAUGGCCCUUUUCAGACGACGCGCAACUUUGACAAUUCCUCUCCUCCCUUUCCUCUCCUAGACCCCCAUAAUCCCACCACCCCAUCUCUCCAUUCCUCCGAUCAUCUCAACAUGUUGAGCUCAACAACCUCGACCUGGGUUCUCACCCUGGUCCUGUUCCUGAGCUUCUUCUCUUGCCUACAAGCCGUGAUUGAAGACGACGUCAAGUGCCUUCAGGGCCUCAAAGACUCACUCACCGACCCUCAAGACAAGCUCGCCUCUUGGGACUUCACCAACUCCUCCGUCUUCAUCUGCCGCUUUACCGGCGUCUCUUGCUGGAACGAGAACGAGAAUCGAAUCUACAACCUCGACCUAAGGGACAUGUCUCUCUCAGGUACGAUUCCCAAGUCAGUUGAGUACUGCAUUAGUUUGCAGAAUCUGGAUCUAUCUGGGAACGAGCUUACUGGGACGAUCCCUAAUGAUUUCUGUACUUGGUUGCCUUAUUUGGUAACUCUGGAUUUGUCGGGGAAUCAGUUUUCCGGUUCGAUCCCGUCUUCUAUGGGCAAGUGUACUUACUUGAACAGCCUUGUCCUGUCGGAGAAUAAGCUGUCGGGGAGUAUUCCCUAUGAGCUGUCUAACUUGAACAGGUUGAAGAAGUUUUCGGUUGCGAAUAAUGAGCUGAGUGGGACUGUGCCUGAUGUGUUUAAGGAUUACGACAAGGCUGAUUUUGCCGGCAACAGCGGGCUGUGUGGAGGGCCGCUGAAGAAAUGUGGGGGGCUGAGUAAGAAGAAUCUGGCCAUUAUUAUUGCUGCGGGGGUGUUUGGCGCCGCGGCGUCUUUGUUGCUGGCUCUGGGGCUGUGGUGGUGGUACCAUGUGAGGAUGAACAAGAGGAGGAAGAGGGGGAAGGGAGGGUAUGAUGUUGGGAGGGAGGAUUGGGCCGAGAGGCUGAGGUCGCAUAGGCUGGUGCAAGUUUCGUUGUUUCAGAAGCCGCUGGUGAAGGUUAAGCUGGGAGAUUUGAUGGCAGCUACGAAUGGUUUUAGUCAGGAGAAUGUGAUCAUUUCGACUAGGACUGGGACUACUUACAAGGCGGUACUGCCUGAUGGAUCGGCGCUGGCAAUUAAGCGGCUUAGUACUUGUAAGCUUGGGGAGAAGCAGUUUAGGUUGGAGAUGAACCGGCUAGGACAGCUUAGGCAUCCAAAUUUGGCACCCCUUUUGGGUUACUGUGUUGUGGAGGAGGAGAAGCUUCUGGUGUACAAGUAUUUGUCAAAUGGGACUUUGUAUUCUUUGUUACAUGGAAGUGGUCCUGGAUUGGAUUGGUCGACUAGAUAUAGGAUUGGUUUAGGGGCUGCAAGGGGACUUGCUUGGCUUCACCAUGGUUGCCAGCCUCCAAUUAUACACCAGAACAUCUGCUCCAAUGUCAUUCUCCUCGACGAGGAUUUUGAUGCUAGGAUAAUGGACUUUGGGUUGGCAAAGCUCAUGACGUCUGAUCCUCAUGAGAGCUCUUUUGUUAAUGGAGACUUGGGAGAGCUUGGUUACAUUGCUCCUGAGUAUCCAAGUACUAUGAUAGCUUCACUGAAAGGGGACGUUUAUGGAUUUGGCAUAGUACUCCUCGAGUUGGUGACUGGGCAAAAGCCUCUUGAGGUCGUCACUGCUGAAGAAGGUUUUAAGGGUAAUAUCGUGGAUUGGGUGAAUCGUCUCUCUAAUUCAGGUCGAAACAAGGAUGCCAUUGAUAAGGAUAUUUGUGGAAAAGGACAUGAUGAUGAAAUUCUACAGUUUCUGAAAAUUGCUUGUAAUUGUGUUGUUUCUCGGCCCAAGGAUAGGGGGUCUAUGUACCAGGUUUACCAGUCCCUGAAGAGUAUGCGGAGAGACCAUGGUUUUUCUGAACAAGAUGAUGAGUUUCCUUUGAUUUUCCGCAAGACAGAUCAUGAAUGACUCGGAGUAGACUUGAAUCAAUGAAGAAACAGGGAUGACAAAGAUGCCAAUGUGGUUACAGAAUUUCAUCUUGAGGUAAGUUCUCAAAGGUUGAUAUGUAAAUCGUGUGAUCUUCAUUUUAGCUGAUUUUCCCUAUUUUUGUAGUUAGCUGUAUAAUACAAUAAUCUUCCUGAACCGUAGGCCUCCUAUUAUUUGUUUGCCCUUUGUUAUAUUUUUAUGUGUAUGAAACAAUACUCAACUGAGGUGCAGUCAUAAAUGUAAUGUGCUUCCUGUUUAUGGCCAUUAAAUUUUGGGAUGAAAGUGCUGUUGUAUCUCCUUACCA